AUUAAACUUUUUUGUCCGAAUUAUUCCCAGAAUCCAUGAUCUUCUGUUUCUUCUGUGUUCUUCAUCUCCUGUUGCCCUUUGUGGAGCUUACUUCUCUCUCCUCGUUCGGCCUUGGCGAAAUCAGCGGUUUCAGAAGAAAUCGCUGAUUUCGUCUCUGAUUUUGGCCGUUGAUCGCUUGCAUCUGUAGGCGGUAGUGCGGAUUCGUUUCUCCGUUUUCGAGAAGGGAUCUGAUAAUUUUAGAGGAAUUGGUUCGGGUAAGCGAUCAAGGGCUCUUUAUCUGUCCAGAUAGUGAAGGUUUCUCUUUUCCUGUGGCUGAUUGGCUGUGACCAUAUAGGUGGUAAGAAGGUUUUUGAGUGCGAAAUAGUUGCAAGUAAAAGCCAGUUGAUCAGCAUGGGGCAGAGAAGCACACUUUGCACGCAUCAGAUGUUUGAUUUGGAUUCAGAACCAAGUGAUGGUUGCCUUUAUCGCAAUCAUGACUUUACUAGAAAUGUUUCUGAUUAUACUGGCAGAAAUAGUCAUCCUGCUCUUUCAGGCCCAGGGAAUAGAGUGGAUCUUUUUCAUCAAUUUAGGGACUAUCAUGAGAGGAUAAUGUUGCAUGGGAAUCAAUAUAACAUUCCGAACUACCAUGUUUUCCAAAAUCUUGGUUUAGGUGCUGUUGCACCAUUAAACAUUUAUAACCCUAAUAUGCUUCUUGCACCCGACGACAGAAAUUUUCCCAUUCAUCAGAGCAAUGUCAUGGCUGAACGUUUCUCUUCCUCUAUUGGCCAAACAAAUAAUGGAAUUAGCAUGGAUGAAUUUGGUAGCCAUAAUCAUCUUGUUGAUGGCGAUAGAAGGCCUUGUAAAGGAAAGGAUACCGAAAUGACUCCAGGAAUCCAUAACAAUUUUAAUGGAUCAGCAAGCUCAAGCUCAACCAUUACUCAUCACUCCAAUGGCGGAGUACCACUGUGGGGGCAAUCUUUUGAAUCUAUGCCUGGUAUUCUAGACACAACUAAUCUUACUCCCUUGGAAUAUGGAAGGAAUACUUCUCUGCCUGGUGAGGAAUCUCACAGGACCAUAAGGAUCAGAUCACUUACAGGUAGCCUUCAGCCAGAGUCUGCAGUCCUACCUCAUCAAAAUUGCUUAUUUCCGGGGACUUAUAUGAUCCAGCCCUUCCAGCCUACUAAUAAUGCUUGGGUUACACAGUUUGGAAAUGGGAAUAACAUUGUUAAUGGAGGCGCCAAUUGGAAUCAUUACAAUAAUCUUAGAUACUUGCAAGGGAGAAGCGUAAAUUCAGGACGUUUGCACCAGUCAAACACAAACAUGCAGGCAUAUACUGGAAAUUCAUCGGCCACAAAUUCAGCUUUGCUGCUUCAUCCAUCUUCAAUGCCUAAUUUUCAUCCAGCUUCUCAUAAUGUACAAGUUCAUGGUUAUGGCCAUCAUGCACACAUACCAGCUCCUUACCAACAUCCAGUCAACAGCUUGGGAUCCAUCAACUCAAAUCUUUCGAUUGAUGGUAUGGAUGUGGGAUCCACAUUCCCCAACUUCUCUACUGGUGCUGAUCAGAUUUAUAGGCCCCAGCAGCUAUCACAACCAGCUCAACAAAUUUUCAGUAGGAGUUUAAGGCUCCUUUCAUCUGAGGAUGCUGCUCUGAUGGAUCUUUCAGGAUUUUAUGAAGUUGUGAAUUCUAUCGACCAGCACGAUGACAUGAGACUGGAUAUAGAUGACAUGUCUUAUGAGGAGCUUUUGGCUUUGGAGGAACAGAUUGGAGUUGUUAAAACAGGGUUGUCAGAAGAGUUCAUCAUAAAACAUCUAAAGAUGAGGACUCAUGUGCAUCAAGAAACAGCCUUGUCAUUAGAGCCAUCGAUGCCAUUAUCCAAGGAAAAUGAAACAUGCAGUAUAUGCCAGGUAGAAUAUGAGGAUGACGAGAUCAUAGGAAGUCUCGACUGCGGUCACACCUAUCACGCCGACUGCAUUAAGCAAUGGUUGUUGAUAAAGAACUUGUGCCCUAUCUGCAAAACUUCAGCAUUAGAUAGCAAGGAUAGGAGAGAGAGCUGAAAUGAGGCUUGCUUAGAGUAUUACUUGUCUGUUUGUUUAAUAUACUCAAUUGAAUUUAAUCUUGUAUAUAUCGAUGAUACGCUUAAACUAUACAUUUCACAUACAUUCAUUAAUGACUUGAAUGUCCGAAACACUUCACUUUGUACAUAAACAAAACGAUUCAUUUCCUCUCAUGA